CACCAAGAUAAUGACAAUAGUUACCUUGGCAACAAGAUACAGGCGUUGUUAUAGCUGCCUAGCAACAAAGUUUCCGUUGCUGUGGUAAAUAUGAUGCAAAAUAGCCGAACAUAGAGUCUGAAGAAAAAAUAUUAACAAGCAAAAGAUAGGAAAUGAUAGUUCUCUUGAACAAUAAUUAUAAAGUACUCAUAUUUGUGAGUGCAAUAAUAAGUAACAUAUUUAGUUUAGGAAGAAAAAAUAUGUAACAAAGAAAUAAGACGGAUCACAAAUAACAAAAUAGAAAAAGUCAAUGUCGCAUAAAUGUUUUUUUUUUCCGCGUCGUUAAAUCCUUCUGUUCCUAGAAAAUGAAUAACCAAAUAUUCGUGUGAGCCCUCUCUACCAAGCCACCCUUUUCACAAGCCUUUUACUUUUAAUAAUAAUGAAAAUAUGUAGUACGUCGUUGAAGGGGAACUUAAAACGGUGUCGAAAAUAUAUCAUUUUUGUGACCGUUGUAAUUUUAAUGGCUGGUGCCUCCUACGACGGGACGGAAACAGCACAUGACACUUGUCGACAACCAGCGAAUUCCCUCACGAGAUCAUGAGAGAAGCCAUCAGCGCUGACACAAGGAGUCCAUUUGAAAACAAUACCACGCUUCAUAUGACGACGAGGCCUCUUGAACUCGCUGGGAUAAUAGGAAUUCAAUCUGUUGUGUGCGUCUAGAGUUCUCGCAUAACGUCUACACAAUACAUGAAUACGCAAGCACGAAUACCCGCUGGGAUCUUUAUGAAAUCUUGUCCGAUUUGUAAACAUGCUUCUUCACAGAAGGGACGAAAACGGGGAGCUUAACUCUAUUAAUGUUCUCUCACGAGUUACGUUCGCGUGGGUUGGGAAGACUCUUACGCACGGGAACAAAAUUUCACUGCAGGACACGGAUUUGUUGGAACAAAGAGAGAAGGAUUCCGCGAAGCACUUGACUUCUCUCCUUGAUGCGUCGUACACGAGAGCGAAGAAGAAAACAAGCAGAAAAGACCACACAUUGCUUAUGGCCAUAUUCAAGUGUUUUGCCGUUCAGUUCACCACUCAACUCUUUUACGCCGUUGUCGUGAUGAUUUGCUCCAGCCUACUGCCCGUGCUUCUCGCACUUCUGGCUACAGAACACCAUUCAUCUCGCACCGUCUCGUAUCUAUACGCCGGGGGACUGGGCGCCAUUGCGUUCGCUAUGGCUGUCUUUCGGCAGCUUGCGGUGUAUGAUGGGUACAGUGUCGGGGUCAAGGUCAAAAUAGCUCUGAUGGGGCUCAUCUACAGAAAGAUAUUACGCUUGAGUAGCAGCUAUCACCAUGACGUUACACCUGGGUACAGGUCAAUGGAAUGUAAGACAAUCGAGCGGGCGUGCAGGCACGUCACGUGGUGCAUUAUGGUCCCUGUUCACCUUGUCAUCGUGACUGCGUUGUCAUGGCAAUAUGUCGGCUGGCUAAGCCUUGUGGGUAGUGGGUUGUUCGUGGUGCUUUUAAUAUCGCAAGGGAUCUCUCGCAAGGUGGCCUCUACACUCAGUAGACGUGUCGCCGAGUAUUCCGCUAACCGUGUCGCGACUGUGCGACAGGUCGUCACUGGGAUACGAUCCGUUAAAAUGUUGGCGUGGGAAUCACCUCUCAUGAGCCUCAUCAGUGACCUACGAAGACGAGAACUACGGUACAUUCGACUCAGGUUUUUGCUGACGUGCUACAAUCACGUGACAAGCAUCUGCUCCAGUCCCCUGGUCUCACUCGUCAUCUUCCCGGCGUACGCCAUAUUAGGGAAUGAACUAGUCGCUGCGAAUGUCUUCGCGACUGUUGCACUCUAUUCGUCUCUGAACAUUACCACAGCAAACACAUCUAGCUUUGCGUCAAUAUUUACUGAAACUCUCGUAGCAGCGCAAAAACUACAGAUGUUUUUAGAGUCCGAGGAAUUUCAAGGCGCGUUACAGCUAAACAGAGACGCCGCAACAACAAAAUCAAGCGAUAAAGUUGAAUACUUCAUAAACCCGGCUUUUCAACUUGAAAAGACUUCAUCCACGGACGUUAAGUUGAUCAGUUUUAAAAGUCUAGAAGAAAAAGAAGAACGGAGAAAGCUGUGCGUCCCACUUCAGGCGACACUUGAUAAAAAUCGCUUUAAGCCAAAGGUAGUGAUGAAAAACGCGUGUUAUGGCUCAUUAGCUAAAUCCGUGUUAUCCGACAUCACGCUCAAGCUCAAGGGAUCCCGUCUAAUUGGUAUUACUGGACCAUGUGGGAGCGGGAAAUCCUCUUUAUUACUAGCAAUCCUAAACGAGAUGUCCCUGAUUUCCGGAGAGGCCGUGGUUCAGGGGGAGACGGUUUAUGUCCCACAAGUGCCCUGGGUGUAUGCUGGGACCCUACGUGAUAAUGUGCUGUUUGGGGCCCCAUACGAUGAGACGAGAUAUUGGAGCGUGAUCAACGCAUGUGCACUAUCAGAUGAUAUAGUGGCACUUCCUAACGGCGAUUUGACCACAAUUGGUGGAAGCGGAGGAGUCUCUCUGUCUAUUGGUCAACAGUCUCGCGUCAGCUUAGCACGCGCAGCUUACCGGAUGUCAGAUAUCUACCUGUUUGAUGAACCUUUUUGUGCUAUCAGUGACAGCACAUCGACGCACUUCAUGAGCAAAUGUGUCUGUGGUUUCCUUAGCAGCAGCUUGCGUAUACUGGUCACACGACACUCUGAUUAUCUAAAGAAAGCUGAUCACGUGGUUAUGUUAGAAGACGGCCGAAUAGCCAAUCAGGGGUCGUUUACAGAGUUGAAACAUUCAAUUCUGUUAAGUGACGUUCCAAAAAAGGCGCCAGAGCCAUCUCAGAGUGGUCAACCUCGGACACUUGAUGAUUCCACUGAGGAGAAUAAAUCCAUUCACCUGUCAGGUGGGAUCUACUUGAGAUACCUGCGCAAUGGUGGGAACCCUUUUUUCCUGGCAAUCCUUUUGUUACUGGUACUAUCUGGACAAAGUUUGCUCGCGAUCUGUGACUGGUGGCUGGCCUAUUGGACAGGCAUGACUUAUCCUCGUCAGCGAGACCUCAUGUAUGUUCACGUGCUGGCAGGUUUGCUUGGCGGAGCGCUGGUUAUUGCCUUCGUGUGUUUUGUCGGAGAACAGUCCUUAUUAUCACGCGCCUCGAAGGUCACCCACGAGAAGAUGGUAGUCGCGUUACUAAAGGCACCUUUACUGUUCUUUGACACGAACACUUCUGAAAGCAUACUUAAAAGAUUUUCAAGGGAUGUAGCUAUAACUGACGAAGCCCUCCCAGCAUCUCUUACCAAGAGCCUGCAUGGCAUCUUAUCCCAGUCAGCGGUCAUCAUUCUCUGUGUAGCUGUUAAUUACUGGGUCACCUUAGCUGCCGUCCCUCUCCUCGUGGUGGUUGUGCUCCUCAAGAGAUUUGCUCAGCGAUCCUUCCGAGACUUAAGAAGUCUUGAGUCAUCUUUGCGUACUCCCGUGAACUCUCAUCUCGUGGAGACGGCACGGGGGCUGAUCAGCAUACGAGCUUAUAGGUCACAGGAGUACUUUUCAAAAUCGUUCUAUAGGUAAGCUGAGAAAGAUGGGCCGCGCUAAUCACGGUAAUUUGCAACCUCUUACAGACCCUGUGCAUAAAGUGCGUUACAAUUGCUAAUUUGUAAAGUUUGGAUAAAACAAACAAACUGAAACCAAACGGGGAAAGCAUGGGGGAGGGGGGGGAGGUGCGUUCUUAAGGAUCCCCAUUACAAGUCAAAAUAUAUUCUGAAUCCAAUAGAAACCGUAGUCUAAGUGAGGACGGGGGCGUUGCGUGACACAAAAAACGGCUGCGCGGGAGACUAUAGAAGCCGCAUUUUCGGAUUUCAUACUCAUUUCAAA